AUGAAGUUCAACGGAUUGCGUCUUAUAACUGUGUUGCUAGUUAGUUCUUUGAAUGUCGUUUCGGGAUAUGAGUGCCUAAAUUUUGAACCUCAGCCUAAUUUCGAUAUGGACAAAUUUUUAGGACUAUGGUACGCCCAGAAAACGACGUCGCCGUUCAAACGAUGCUUAGUGUACGAUUUUUACACUCAGGAACUUGAAACCACACAGGAUUUCGAUAAGUCACAAGAGUUUAAAAGCGCAGAGAACUGCGAAAAGUCACAAGAGUUUAAAAGCGCAGAGGACUUCGAACAGUCACAAGAGUCCGAAAGCGCAGAGGAUUUUGAAAAGUUCCAAGAGCUCGAAAUCGCAGAGGAUUUUGAAGACUCACAUGAGUUGGCAAACAUAAAUUGUGUGGAUUGUGAAGGUUCUGAUCAUGCUGGGAUACCUUCUUUUGUUGUGUUCGCCACUGACUAUGAAAACUAUGCCGGUGUAUACUCUUGUCAAAAAACGCCUAACGGCUACAAACAUUAUACAACCAUUUUGUCCAGAUCUGAGAGCUUAGACAAACAGGACCUAGAUGAUUUGGUAGAAUUUAUAGAGUCUGUUCAAACGAAUCCAAAUGAUGUGAAACUCUCAACCGUCGACCAUUCGGGCUGUAACCAUCCUAAGAAGAAAUCCAGUGAAUAUAGUAAUGAUCAGAAUGACAUCGACGACGAUAGCGACGAGGAGAACAUUUACUUUACCAUCAAAUUUAAAUCAAACUAUUAG